AUGAAGCUUUGUAUUCUGUGUGCCAAACAACGAGCAGUUCUUAAAAGACCAAAGACCGGCCAACAGAUCUGCCAAGCAUGCUUUUAUCAUGUUUUUGAAACCGAGAUUCAUCACACAAUUGUCGACGCCAAACUGUUUCGACGGGGUGAACGAGUAGCGAUUGGUGCUAGUGGUGGAAAGGAUUCCACGGUGCUUGCUCAUGUGAUGAAACAGUUGAAUGAACAAUACGAUUAUGGCCUGGAUCUGUUUUUACUGUCUGUUGAUGAGGGAAUCACAGGAUAUCGUGAUGAUUCUCUUGAGACAGUCAAACGUAAUCAGCAGCAAUAUGAACUCCCACUGAAAAUUGUGUCUUAUGGAGACUUGUAUGGCUGGACUAUGGAUGAUAUUGUGCGAGAAGUUGGGCUAAAGAAUAACUGUACUUACUGCGGAGUGUUCCGACGUCAGGCCUUGGAUAGAGGUGCAGUAAUGCUGGGUGUAGAUCAUAUUGUGACAGGACACAAUGCAGAUGAUAUUGCAGAAACCGUAUUGAUGAACAUCUUUAGAGGAGAUAUCGCUCGAUUGGGAAGAUGUACAGAGAUUGUAACUCAGGGAGAGAGUUCGAUCCGAAGAUCAAAGCCAUUCAAGUACACAUAUGAAAAAGAAAUUGUGAUGUAUGCAUACUUUAAGAAGCUUGAUUAUUUUUCGACCGAAUGUAUAUACUCGCCAAAUGCAUACCGAGGUUAUGCACGUACUUUUCUCAAAGACCUUGAAUCUGUCAGACCCAGUGCGAUUGUCGAUAUCAUUCAUUCUGGAGAGGCAUUUGAGAUCAAGUCAACUGUCAAGAUGCCGAGUCAAAAGACAUGUGAGAGAUGCGGGUACAUGUCUUCAAAUGACACCUGCAAGGCGUGCGUUCUUCUCGAAGGUCUUAACCGAGGACUUCCUCAACUUGGAAUUGGAAAAGAAUCUAGAGUGGUAAGUUUUUGUUAUUGA